UCCUACGGAGGAGAUGCUGGUGCUCGGUGCUCCGCGCCCGGCACAGCACCUCCGCGUCGCGGCCCCUCCGCUGUGCGGGGGGGAGACGCCCCUGCGCCUCGCCUGCUCUCCACGCGGAGUCGCGGAAGCCUGAGCGCGCCCUGAAAGCGAGUAAAGGAUGGAAGAAAGGCAGAUGAGUGAGUGAGUGAAUGAAUGAAUGCGGUGGACGCUGCUGCGGAGAGCGAGCUGAAAGCCUCAGCCUUGGCUGAGGAUCGGGGCGUCGAGAAGGUCUUCUCCAUUUCUGGAAGUAGCAGAGCAUUUGGUUGCUGUCUGACCUGAAACUUGUACUCUACCUUGGAAAGAUCUGCAGUGGGAGACAUUCACCUUCACAUACUCCACAGUUCUUUGCAUCAAAAGAAAGGGUCUUCGUGUGCAAGAGUGGUUCACAAUUAUGAUGUGAUAUUGAGAACACUCAAGGUCUCCUGAGAAAAACUGACUUUUGUAAGAGGCUUCUCCUUCCCCUUCCUGUUUUUGGGGUGGAUUUUUGUUGGGUUGGUUGUUUGUUUGGUAAAUAUCUUCCUCUCAGAAACUGCAAGCAAGAUGCCAGCCAAGACACCGAUGUACUUGAAAGCUGCUAACAAUAAGAAAGGGAAGAAAUUCAAACUGAGGGAUAUCUUAUCUCCUGAUAUGAUCAGUCCACCCCUUGGAGAUUUUCGUCACACUAUACACAUUGGAAAAGAAGGACAGCAUGAUGUUUUUGGAGACAUCUCCUUUUUGCAGGGCAACUAUGAGUUAUUGCCUGGAAAUGAAGGAGAAACCAGAGUUAGUCAGUCUGGUGGCCACAACGAAUUCUUAAGAGCAAACAGCACUUCUGAAUCCAUGUUUACAGAAACUCCAUCACCAGUCCUUAAAAAUGCUAUUUCCCUUCCUGCCAUUGGGGGUUCUCAAGCCCUUAUGUUGCCCUUAUUGUCACCAGUGACAUUUAAUUCAAAGCAAGAAUCCAUCAGGUCGUCAAGAAAUCCCAGGCUUAGCUGCGAGCCAGUAAUAGAAGAAAAAUUGCAGGAGAAAAGCAAACAGCUGGAGGAAGGAGAAACAUACAAAGAUGACAUAUGGGAGCAGAACGGUGGUUCCUCAUGUUUUUCUAAUGGUAGAGACAGUAACUCAUCCAGCUUCUCUGAACGAUGCACUGAUUGGCACACAGUGGAGUUGUUUGAUGACAGUCGACUUUCAUGCGAACUGCCCAAGACAAAGACUGCGUCAGAAGAAUCCCUUUCGGAUCUUGCAGGCUCUCUGCUCUCCUUACAGCUUGACUUGGGACCUUCGCUUUUGGAUGAGGUUCUCAACGUAAUGGACAAGAACAAAUCUUAGAGCUGGUACUCCUUUGCUUCUUUAUGAGUGAUUCACUUUAACAAAAACCAAAUGAAAAGCCACAGCUGCAAAGCAGAGAUGCUCCAAAUCAGCUGUGCCUGCGGUUGUUUGACGGGUUUUCUAAAGACACUCUUAAAGUACUAUUUUUUUACUUCUUGUUGUUGUCCAUGGUUUUUAUCACACUAAACUCUCUUAGCUGGAAGGCAAACGUUAAUAAUGGUUUUCAGCACAUGUGAAAAUGUGGUUCAGUACCAGGAUUAACGAUCAGGAAUUUAAGCAGCAGAGUUUGAGGGUGAUGCUGAUUGUGGCAUGCUGUUGGCUCACUUCUACAAGCUUCUGAAUGUAUGAGAAUCUGAGCGUCAGAAAGGAGAUUGAUACUAAUUAUUCACUUUUAUAGAUCAUUUUCCAUGCAGGCCUCUUUAUAGAGCCUUGUGUUUGAGGCUUAAAUAGUGGUUUUCUUCAGUUUUUCCAUAGUACUAUUUCUGUUCUACCUUCACUGUAACUACUUCUAGUCUUACACUUACCACUCCGUAGUCAGAUGUGAACAACCUGAAGGCUGUUUCAGCUUGGAUACCCAGUCCAGAGUCUUGACUGCUUUAAAUGAGUAUGCAUAGAUUUACACAAGUUGGGGCUUGGGCCUGACGUUGUAUAUGAACUGAUGUUGUAAACAGGUGACACAUGCAAGGUAUUAUGGUUAAAUUAUUUUUAAAGUUGAACUAUAUAUUUUUUGUGUGCAUAUUGGCUUUUGACUUCAGAGCCUCCACGUGCAGUAUCUCAUCGGAGUAGUAGCUUAACAUUAUUGGUGCUCUUCUGAAAAUGAUAUAUUUGUGUGUUUGAAAAGAAAUAUGUAUUGAUACUCCUUGCUUUUUUCCCCCCCUUCAUUAUUGCCACACGUGCUUCAACUUGCAAGCAAUUGCUUUAAUUUUUGAAGAAGGCACUGGUUAUUCACAAUGCUUGUGAUGUGUGCUGCAACAAACAAUGUUUAGGGACAUUACCUACGUGGAUUGCAUAGAUAUCUUGUGCAAUACAAUAAAACAAACAAACCCUUUUAAA